GUCACUUAUGAAAGAGCAACAGGGAGUAGAAGAACCAGCAAAAUUCUAUAAUAUAUACUGAUAGUUAAAUACAUUAAGUCCCACCUGUAGCAACAGCUUAUUUAAAAUUGUAGAUGGUACUAAAGGACUUAAAUCCCACCCGCCACUGAAAUAUCAUCUGGCAUCACCAAAUUGUCUUACGCGAAAUUUUAGGGCUAGCCGACAGCGCGCCCGCAAAUUCUCCCUCUGACAACGUCAAAGCCAACGACAGCGACGUCUACCUCAAGCAUCUCAAAAUGAGCGGAUUCCAGAACAGCGGCAUCCCGCCUAGGGACUUGGAUGAUGCGUCUGAUGUCGCGGAGGAGGUCCUGGCCGCCGACUACCGUGAGCAGGUCAACUACCAGGAUGAGGACUUCGGCGGGGAGUUGAGCAUGGCCCAGCAGACCGACGACAUCCAGUCGCGGCUCGCCGCUGCUGCGCAGCCGUUGGACUUUUCCGCCUCUCUUGAGGUCAAGUUCCAGAGCUACGACAGCUACUGCAGCUUGUUCCACUUCAUCUUGAACUCGGACGGGCCGGUUGACUUGGAGCCACCUUCCUACUACUGGGCAUGGGAUGUCAUCGACGAAUUUAUCUACCAGUUCAACAGCUUCUGCUCCUACAGGAACAAGAUUGCGCGACAGGCCAACAACGACGAGGAAGUCCAACUCCUUCGCGACAACCCCAACACCUGGGGGUGCUACAGCGUGCUGAACGUGCUGUACUCCCUCAUCCAGCGAUCCCAGAUCAAUGAGCAAUUGGCCGCCAUGAAGCGCAACGAAGAGCCGAUGGCCGUCGCGGGCGACUACGGUUCCAAGUCCAUCUACCGCAUGUUGGGAUACUUCUCGAUCAUCGGUCUCCUGCGCGUCCACUGCCUGUUGGGCGACUUUAGCCUCGCGCUCAAGACCCUGGACGACAUCGAGCUCAACAAGAAGGCCAUGUUCGCGCGCGUCAUGGCUGCGCACUUCACGACCUACUACUACGUCGGUUUCUCCUACAUGAUGAUGCGCAGAUACGCCGAUGCCAUCCGCAUGUUCAGCCACAUCCUCAUCUACGUCUCGAGGACCAAGAACUUCCAGAAGGGAACCCAAUACGAUUCCAUCUCGAAGAAGAACGACCAGAUGUACGCGCUUAUCGCCAUCUGCGUUGCUCUCCACCCAACCAGACUGGAUGACACCAUCCACACCGCCCUUCGUGAGAAGUACGGCGACCAGCUCCUCAAGCUCCAGCGCGGUGGCGAGGAGUCCCUCCCAGUUUACGAGGAGCUUUUCCGCUCUGCGUGCCCCAAGUUCAUCUCCCCAACGCCUCCCGACUUCGAUACCCCAGAGCUCAACGUGGACCCCAUUGAGCACCACCUCAAGAUCUUCAUGGACGAGGUCAAGACUAAUAUGUGGAGCCCAACCGUGAAGUCUUACCUGAGACUUUACACCACAAUGGACUUGAAGAAGCUGGCUGGCUUCCUCGAGGUUGAGCCUGAGGAGCUCCGCAGCUUCCUCUUGGUCAACAAGCAAAGGAGCAGACAGACAAGAUGGGCCGAGAACGGACUUUUGGACGGGGAGGUUGUCAACGCUAAUGACCUUGAUUACGCUAUGCAAGGGGAUCUUAUCCACAUCUCUGAGGCUAAGGUUGGUCGCAAGUUGGUGGAUUGGUACUUGCGCAACUUGGCCCGCACAUAUUAGAAACGCGGUGUGAUGGUUUACUCUGAUGAACUGAAUGCCGAUAUGGAUUUGCAUGGCUGGGGCGUAAUUGGUAUAAAACUGGGGUGCUGACGGUCGACUUUGAAAUAGAUGUCAACAACCGUGAUUCCCUGUUAGUUAGUUUAUUAGGCAGUAAGCAAGAAACAAAGAGAUUUAGAAAU